AUGCCACCAAUCUUUAACCGACUUCGAACCGCUCUUUCUCAUCGAAAGAAAAAUUUAUCCUUCCCCAUCGGAGCAAAAGAGUCCAUAUGGAAACGACUUCCCGACUGUGUUCUUGUCAGACUGGCCUCGUUAUGUGAGCUAGAUGAUAUUGUAUCACUGGCAUUGACAUGUCGUUUCUUGCAUCGACAAAUCUUUAAAAAUGAACUGGCUAUAUCACAUUCGUAUCUGGAUCUUCAUCGGCGAUCAGACUGCGAUGCAAAUCAUUCGCCAGGCGACGAUUUAACCUUCAUAUCGGAGCUAUUCCCGCCAUCCCCACCUCACUACGCGAUUGGGGACGAUCAUCAUGAUGCAGAUUAUUCUUUUGCAUACUUGAUUGAUCUGAAAAGGUGUUGGACAACCUGCAUUCAACUUUCUUAUUACCUGGCCGAUCACACCGUUCGGCAUCAUCUCGACACGGACCCUAUCGCUCAACCGCUUUGGACCUCUUCAAAGACAGAGAAAGAAGUUGUCUACAGUAGAGCCGUAGCGACGCUUCAUGCAAAACUUCUUUAUCCAAUGGCGCACGUCAUCUUCUUUCUCGAGUCUUGUGCAGCAGAUGACUCAGGUCCAGACUCAUCGGUCCAACAUGCCAACCUGUUCAAGCCAAUUGAAUAUCAAGAAUCAAUCUUACAAACAUGGCCUUUCACAAAUACUCAGAUUCUUCUUUCGAGUCAGCACUGCUUGGAACUGCUCUGCAAAACUGUGCGUCGGCUCAUGCAUCCCGAAUUCACCCAUACAUCUUCGGAAAGUUGGGUCAGUCUGCUUCUGAUGACAUCGACGUUGGAACGAAUACUUGAAUUCUUCGUCGCAGUUGCGCACGAUGAAGAUAAACGAGAGUCUCCUCCCCAUGCCUCGCACCGGUCCCGUCGUAGAGAGUUCAUGUGGCAGAUGCGCGAGGAUUUAGGCCAGUAUGUGGCAAGUUCAAGCUCAGGUCCCAACAAAAUCACCAAUGAUUGUCUCGGUCUGGAUAAAGUUUGGUUUGAGGCCUGUCAUCAGGAAAUGCUGCGGCGAGGGGCCGUCCCACAUGAAGCUGAGGAGCUUGCUCCGGUUAUUCAUGGAUCAGUUGUCAAGUUCCACUGUAAAUACUGCUAUGUCUAA